CCGGAGCGGAAGUGCAGCUGCCGCCACCACCGCCGCCGCCGCCGCCGCCGAUUCCGGAGCCGGGGAGCAGCCUCCGCCGCCGCCUCUGCAGCUACGGUCACCGCUGCCGCCACCACCGCCUGAGGAGUGCGCUUGGGAAGGACGCAGUCGCCUCCCUCCGAGCUUCCCGGAAGCACCUUUGCUCCCCACAGUCCUCCACGAGAAUGACCAUGGACAAAAGUGAGCUGGUACAGAAAGCCAAACUUGCUGAGCAAGCUGAGCGCUAUGAUGAUAUGGCUGCAGCAAUGAAGGCCGUUACAGAACAGGGACAUGAACUCUCCAAUGAAGAGAGAAAUCUCCUCUCUGUUGCCUACAAGAAUGUGGUAGGUGCCCGCCGUUCUUCAUGGCGUGUGAUCUCCAGCAUCGAACAGAAAACAGAGAGGAAUGAGAAGAAACAGCAGAUGGGCAAAGAGUACCGUGAGAAGAUAGAGGCUGAGCUGCAGGACAUCUGCAAUGACGUACUGGAACUGUUGGACAAAUAUCUCAUUCCCAAUGCUACACAACCGGAAAGCAAGGUGUUCUACUUGAAAAUGAAAGGAGACUAUUUUAGGUAUCUUUCUGAGGUUGCAUCUGGAGAUAAUAAACAAACCACUGUGUCAAACUCCCAACAGGCUUACCAAGAAGCAUUUGAAAUUAGCAAGAAAGAAAUGCAGCCUACACACCCGAUUCGACUUGGCCUGGCACUGAAUUUCUCAGUCUUUUACUAUGAGAUUCUGAAUUCUCCUGAAAAGGCUUGCAGCCUGGCCAAAACGGCAUUUGAUGAAGCAAUUGCUGAAUUGGAUACUCUGAAUGAAGAGUCUUACAAAGACAGCACCCUGAUCAUGCAGCUGCUCAGGGACAAUCUCACUCUGUGGACGUCAGAAAACCAGGGGGAUGAAGGAGAUGCUGGAGAGGGAGAGAACUAAUGUCUAUCGUGCUUUGUGAACUGUUUGGUGUCACUCUGUAUCCUCCACAUUAUAUCCCUUUGUGCGAUAAACAAAAACAAAAAAAUCGAAUGUUGACUUUCGAUUUUUCACAGCCUAAGCCUAGCAAAAAUGGUCCCUGGGAUAAACAGCUGGUAUUUGUAUCUAAAAUUCAGACUGGUCCCUUAAAUGCCACAGCAUUUUGAAGUCUUGAUUUUGAUCAACAUUGACAAGGAUUACUGUGUGUUUAAAUUUUACAAACUGAACACUGUGAUUAUGGGGUUUUGUAACUUAGCAGAACUCUUACUGGUAGGAAAAAUAGACCUGAAUUAUGUGUAAGUUUUCAGAAAGUUUGAUCUGAUAUCAAAAUAGUCCCUGAAGAUACAGUCCUGUUGUAAAGUUGUACAGAAAGUUCUAGAGGUUCCAUUGUGAUGCUGGGACUCAGGGGAUGCCUACCAUCGACAUCCCAAGUUUGGCAGCUCACAGUGACUCUGCCUGUGGUUGAGAGCUUAUUGACACCUGCUCAUUUUGGGCUGUUGCCACUCAAAAGUUCAUGACCACAAAUAUCUUCUGAGGAAACUAAAAACCUGAAAGUAAAAUUCUUUGGCUCAUAAUUGAGCUGUGACACCACAAAAAAAAGGUCCCGUGUUCAUGCGUGACUAAACCCCUUUACUAUAGCAGUGUGUUUCUGAUCAGCAACUUGUGAAAACAGGUUGCUACUUCCUAGCUAAAGGAGAUGAAAAAGACAGCAGUGUAUCUUAAUGAAUGGCGGUACCAGUUUUCUGGGUAAUUCUCGAAGAAUAAUGUUUUUGAGGGUAGCCUCUAGCCUGAGGAGCAGUCAGUCUUGAGGUUUUCCUAGCUUGGAGGGUGGAAACUUUGAAACUUAACAUUCUUUCCGCCCAGUUUUUCUGACUGUUGACUUUGGUUUUCUCCUCUGUAAAUUUACAGCUUUCUGCUUUCUUGGGUGGUUUUCUUUUGGGAGCCUUUAUUUGUUAAUAAUAUGGACAGGGGCGAGGCAUUAAACACAUGGUUAGCAAGCCUUGCUUAAAGGUGUUGAGAAAAAAAGGCCUUCCAGCACCAUUACCCUGUCUUCCUCCAGUUCUCAGCACAGUUGUUCUUUAUACUAUGAUUGGAAUCUUUAAAAAAAAAAAAGUGUUUUGAAGUAUCCAUGAUUUUUCCCUACUGCAACCAGGCCCUCAUAAUGCUUGUUAGUACCUGUCACCAGAUCCUCUUGUGCUCAUCCAGCUUAGUUCUCAGACAUGCCUGAACACACCCUAUAACACAGGGAAGUUGCAUGGACACUACAAUAGAGAGAACCAAGAAUUGCCAGACCUGUCAGUCUCACAGUAUCACCCUCUGCCUUCACAUUCCAUGUAGCUGUAGAGUCCAUCUGUUUGUCCAUCUGCAAAAAUAAAAGAAUUCAUGCACUGAUUUAAAACCAAAAAAAAAAAAAAAAAUCACAAAAAAAAAAUCUUUCUAGCUGAACAAAAAAUGUGCAGUUAAUACUUGGCGCUUGACAACGCAGUAGUGAGUGUGGAAUCAAGCCUGUCUGUAUAUCUGAUAGCUCUUUGCUUUGUUUUUUCCUUACCAGUAUUCUGCCUAAUGUUUGCUUCUGUGGUGGUUAUAUUUGCCUAGCAAGCACACCUGUGGUUGUGAAAAUAGUAUAGCAAAAAGAAAAAGAAAAUCCCCAGUUACCAAUGUACUAGAUUCGUGUAUGUCUUUUAAACAUUCUAGUUUCACCUUACACGGAGUAAUCAGGAAAAUGUAAAAACUCAAAAGUGAAAUAAAACAUUUUGUCAGUUA